CGAGAUGCAUGGGCCAACUUGACCUGGAAAUAUGGGACCAAGCAAACCAUCGAGUAUGGGGCUUUCGCGUGACAAGAGCAACAGAAUAGAGACUCAAGGGACUAGAGUCACCUCAAGAUCGAAACGCCGAGUACAUUAUAAGGUUUAACAUGAGGCUAGGAGAGUAAGAGCGCCACAGGGAGGCGCCGCGAGACGGUAAUGUGGCGCGAGGGUAGAUAGGAAAGGCGAGGGUGGAUAGGAAAGGCGAGGCGGAAAGUUGGCGCGAGGGCGAAAAAGAAAUGCUGGGCGGAAGAAAAGCGCGAGGGCGGAUAGGAAAUGCGCUGCGAAAAGAAAGAAGCGAGGGCGGAGAGGAGAGGAGAGGCGGAAAUGUGACACCAGGGCGGACUGGAAUGUAUUAGGGGAAUUGGAAGCCAUGGCGGAUAGGAAAUGGGAGGUGGGAAGGAGGUGCGCCGCGGAGAAGAGGGCGUGGAGAGUGACGCUGACAGACCGCGUGAAGGAGAUGCGAGGAGGGAAGGGGACGCGACAGGGAGAGGGGACGCGACGAGGAGAGGGGACGCGACGGAGGGAGGGGGCGCGCCGAGGAGAGGGGACGCGACGGAGGGAGGGGGCGCAGUGGGGAGAGGGGACGCGGCGGGAAGAGGGGAGGCGGCGGGAAGAGGGGAGGCGGCGGGAAGAGGGGAGGCGACGGAUUUUGGGAACGCGGCAGGGGGAGGUAUCGAGAGGCAUGACACUGCGGCCACUGUACCGUGGAUCCAGCCCGCACCGACAAACACGUAGGACCUGGCUUUAGGGCUCCAGGGAAAGGGCAGCACAGCAGAGCAGUGUGGCUCCAUCGCUGGCUGAAAGGCACCAGCUUGCGUAGUUGUUAUACUAGUAACGCUCUUAGAUGUUUGAGUUUACAACUCGGAUACUCAGUAUUGUGACUGUAGGGGUUUGCAUGUAACUUCCAGGUUUAGAGGAGAUGUGUAAGGAAUUUUAUUCCUUACCGGGCUGUACUGCAAUCGCGUACACCCGAACUCUCGGAAGACCAGGCCCGGUCCAUUUCCGACGCGACCCCGAGGCGAGCCCGCGCCGCCUCCAACCCUUUCGACCGCGCCUUUACCCAACCAAGCCCUCUAGGCUCGUCGCCUAGCUAGAGUUCUCGCUAUAUAAUGCUAGGCUAGCAUUCUUGUACUCGUGAUUAUGAUUCCGCGCACUCUCAGUUAUUAUUCAUAAGAUAUGACACGGGAACAGCACCUCGAGCAAGUUUUCCAGCGGCUGCAAGAAAACGGGCUCAUCACGAAGGGCUCUAAGUGCGAGUUCCUAAAAUCCGAACUGGAAUUUUUGGGACAUGUAGUAGGAGCGGACGGCAUCAAAAUCGACCCGAAGAAAAUCACCACGAUUCGCGACUGGAAGCCGCCGACGAAUUUACACGAGCUGCAAAGUUUUCUUGGGUUCGUUAAUUACAUCCGAUGGUUUAUCCCUAAUAUGGCAGGGAUAACCGGACUGUUAACUGACCUGUUGCGGAAGGGCACCUUGUUUGAGUGGGGGGAGAGACAGCAAGCUGCUUUUGACGAACUCAGAAAUUUUCCGAUGUCACCCCCGGUCCUCCGAAUCGCCGACCCAUCUCGAUCGUUCGAAGUCUUAACGGACGCUAGCGAUUUCGCCAUCGGUGCGAUACUGUUACAAGAUUUCAGCGAAGGACUCCAACCAAUCGCGUACGAGUUCUGGAAAUUGCAGGCAGCAGAGCGCAACUACCCCGUCCACGACAAUGAAAUGCUCGCCAUCGUGCACGCAUUCACAGUAUGGCGCUGCUAUCUGACAGGGAUCGACGUGACAGUACGAACAGACCACAAAUCCCAACAGUACCUCCGCGCGCAGCCGAACCUCAAUCCACGGCAGAUUCGCUGGCUUGAUUUCCUUGAAAGCAACUUCCACUACACCAUCACGUACAAACGAGGGGCGAAUAACAUCGCCGACGCACUGACAAGACCGCCCGCCCACCUCGCCUCCAUCAUCGUCGCAAAAUCCAACCCGCUGCUCACUGGCCUAUUUACCCACGGCUACACCACAGACCCCUUUUUCACCCGCAACCUCCACCAGCAAGCCACCAUAGCCAAAGGACCCUACUUCCUAAAAGCCGAAUUAGAAUUGAAUGAUGGUAAAUCUUCUCGCCAGCGGCCUGCUGGACUGCUGCAACCGCUCGAGCCACCCAAGCGACCGUGGCAACACGUGACGAUGGACUUCGUCACGGGACUCCCGGCCACCGUCACUGGCAACGACGUCGUCCUCGUUUCCAUUGAUCAUUUGAUGAAGAUGGCGCACUUCGCACCCUGUCACACUACCAUCGCAGCCGAAGAUACAGCAAACCUUUUCAUCUCCACCGUUGUUCGUCUGCACGGCCUACCAUCAGCGAUCAUCAGCGACCGCGACCCAAAAUUCACGUCCAAGUUCUGGCAAGAGACAUGGGCACAGUACGGCACCCGACUACAAUUUUCAUCAGCCUACCAUCCUCAAACCGACGGCCAAAGAGAGCGAACCAAUCAGACCAUGGAGCAGCUGAUACGCACCAACUGCCCAGAUCCUGCCCGGUGGGAAGAAUCCCUGCCCAUGCUGGAAUUUUCCUACAACAAUGCCCUAUCUGCUACGACUAAUCACUCGCCGUUUUUCCUCAACUACGGGAUGGAUCCGACCGUCUCGGCGAUAACCCACAUCGACAACCCCGUGCCACCCGACAUCGACAAACUCUGCGCGGCAGUCCCCGACGACUUAGCGACAUUGAUUCGCAAACACGCCGACAUCUUUCCGGACGACUUACCGCCAGGAUUGCCACCAGAGCGAGAACACGACCAUACCAUCCAAUUGGAGCCGGGCGCGCAACCGACGGUUCGGACACAGUGGAGGCUAACUCAGCCAGAGCUGGAUGAACUUCGACGCCAGCUGGAUUACCUGCUCGAGAAAGGCUUCGUUCGCCCCAGUACUUCACCGUUCGCAGCUCCGAUCCUGUUCACCCCGAAAAAAAAUGGCGGUCUACGCAUGUGCAUUGACUACCGCGCCUUGAACCAGGUUACCAUCAAGUCUCGCUAUCCUAUUCCGCGUGCCGACGAACUCCUCGACCAACUUCGUGGGGCAAAGUUCUUCUCGAAAAUUGACUUGCGAGGCGGUUACCACCAGAUCCGUGUCAACGAAGCUGACUGCAACAAGACGGCAUUCCGAACCCGCUACGGGAGUUACGAGUACACGGUCAUGCCUUUUGGCUUAACCAACGCGCCUUCGACAUUCCAGUUGACCAUGAACGAAGUUUUUCGACCGCUCCUGGAUAAAUGCGUCAUUGUGUACCUCGACGAUAUUCUGAUCUACAGCACUACCCGGGAAGAGCAUUUGAAGGAUUUGGAAGCAGUCUUCUAUCUUCUGCAGCAGCACCGACUCAUCACCAAAGGCUCUAAGUGCGAUUUCCUGGGGUUUGUGAAUUACGUUCGCCGAUUCAUCCCGAACAUGGCGGGGGUAACUUCCCCUCUCACAGAUCUCCUGAAGAAAGGCAAGUUUUAUGAGUGGGGGGGAGAGCAGCAGGCUGCGUUCGACCAACUCAAACUUUUCCUGACAACACCUCCGGUUCUUCGCAUUGCAGAUCCUCACCGUCCCUUCGAACUCAUCACCGACGCUAGCGACCUGGCUGUUGGCGCAGUACUGUUACAGGACUUCGGCGAAGGCCUUCAACCCAUCGCCUACGAGUCACGAAAGCUGAACCCGGCCGAGCGAAAUUAUCCCGUCCACGACAAGGAGUUACUCGCCAUCGUUCACGCUUUCAAAGUUUGGCGCUGCUACCUGACAGGCGCUGACGUGACAGUCCGAACAGACCACAAAUCACUACAGUUCAUCCGCGCUCAACCAACACUCAACCCACGACAGAUUCGCUGGCUCGAUUAUCUCGAGUCAAAUUUCCACUACAGAGUUACCUACAAACGAGGGGCCAGCAACAUCGCUGACGCAUUGACCUGCCCUUCAGUCCAUACCGCCGCUGUCCUAAUCACCCAAACCAAUCUGCUGCUAACUGGACUAUUUACCCACGGAUACAGUACCGACCCAUUCUUCACGACUAAUAGUCAUCCCCAACUGACAGUCAAGCAGGGGGCUUAUUACCUAAAAUCCGGUACCAAUCGGAUUUGGGUUCCCGCUUACCGUACCCUACGCGAGCUACUGAUACAGGAGGCACACGACUCGAAUUUCUCGGGUCACUACGGCAUCGACAAAACUGCCAAACUACUGAGCCAUCAUUAUUACUGGCCCGAUUUGCCGACGGACGUGCAGCAGUACGUCACCUCCUGCGCCACAUGUCAACGCAUGAAGUCGUCACGACUUCGACCUGCGAGAUUACUGCAGCCGCUCGAGCCACCCAGCCGACCCUGGCAACAAGUGACGAUGGAUUUCGUCACUGGCCUGCCAGCUGGUCCCAGCGGUAAUGACGCGAUUCUCGUCGUCGUUGACCGUUUGACCAAAAUGGCACACUUCGCCGCUUGCAAGACGACAAUCACUGCCGAGCAGACAGCGAAGCUGUUUCUCACGAACAUCGUGCGGCUACACGGCAUCCCUUCGGCAAUCAUCAGCGAUCGCAACCCUCGGUUCACGUCCAAUUUCUGGACAAAAACCUGGCAGCAGUACGGCACACGUCUGCAUCUGUCCACGGCAUACCACCCACAAUCGGACGGCCAGACUGAACGCACCAAUCAGACGAUGGAGCAACUGAUUCGUACAACGUGCACAGACCCGGCCCAGUGGGAAGAUUCUCUUCCACUGAUCGAGUUUGCGUACAACAACGCCCCAUCAGCCACGACUACUCAGUCACCGUUCUUCCUCAACUACGGGAUAGACCCGACAACCCCUCUAUCACCACCGAUAGAAAACCCGGCACCAAGGUCGCAGCAGUUCGUCGACAAUCUCCGACAGUCUCAGCAAAAAGCCGCUGACGCUAUACUUAAAGCCAACCAACGAGCUAAGCAGCAAGCUGACCGACGACGCCGUGACUUAACUCUUGCCCCUGGGCAAUUGGUCCUGCUCGACACUCGAAAUUUGGGAAUUCCCCUCCCAAAUAAAUUACGACCAAGAUUCUGCGGCCCAUUUCGCAUCAUCCGCAUGUUAGGAUUUUCCGCUGCUUUCUUGGGGACCUAGCGAAUAGCCAGAAACUAUCGCCCCAAGUCCAUCAGUAACUCACGGCAAUCGUGGUUCACCGACAGAGGCAGGCGCGAUGCAUCGAGGUCUCCGCCAUAGCAGUGUGCUCGCGCUCGUUGCGGCGCUCGCGUGUGUCGUGCCGUGGAUGGCCGUCGCGCAGAUCAUCAAGGAUUCGGAAGGUGCUGUGCUGAAUGAUUUGCAGAGUGCGUGGGCAGUCAACUUCACGGGCUGGGCUCCCGGAGUGGACUGCGGGGGAGCUGUGGGCCUCACAUGCGAUCCAGACGGCAUGGUCACCUCCAUGCAGUUUUGGACUCUUAUGUCGGCGGCAUUCUUCACAAACCGUGUCACGCAGCUAACCCGCCUCACAGAGCUGAAGUUCCACAGUAUAAUAUAUCUCCCAGAGGACCCACUAUACAAGCUCACAUGGCUCAAGUCCCUUUCUGUGGAGUGCCUUCCCACUUCAGCCGAGACCAUUCCUUCCAGCAUCACCAACCUCAUUCAACUCACGAAACUGGUAAUUGUGGACUGUGGCUUUGGCGCCAUUAACGGUGGUAUUCCGCCUCUGAGCCACCUGACCAGCCUUGUGGACGU